CGGCCGCCGUGUUAAGCUCGAUCUCUUCGCGGAACCCUCUGAUUUGGGUGGCUCCUCAGUACAUGAAGAAAUCGAUGGGGAACCGAAACAUCAUGCUGGGUUGCCCAAUUCACCAUCUUCUUCAGGUGGGUUCCGUCAGUUUUCUUCAAAAGGACUAUGUAGAGAGGGCAUGAGUGGUCUACGUUAUUUUGGUGGAAAUAUGGAAUUUAUGCCAGACAUAUUAUGUUGUUUGCCUCCAGAAUAUGUUUUCAGAUUGCAGGGUGUUGCUGUGGUCUUUGGAACAUUCAUACAAAACCGAACGGGUCCUACCAAUGUGAUAUUUUGAAUGAGUCCCAAUGUGUUAUGCUCUAUUUCACUGCAUCAAAGCGUUUUGCAGAUUUCAUCUCGAAAAUUUUUCUCUUGGUCAACAACCACCAAACCCUUUGCUGUUACUUGGCCAGUAUAGUGAUGAUGAGUUGGAUGAUGAGUCGGAUAAAAGAUUAGAACAUCGCACUUUGGAUGGUUCCAUAUCUGACCUUGAUGACCGGGCUAAGGGGCCCCUAAGUGAGACCUGCAAAGAUACAGAAGCUGAUGCAGGAGAAGGUCUUGAUAAUCUAGAGGUCAAUCAACAGAACAUAGAGAAAGAUUCUACUCCAAAUUCUAUCCAGAACUUGGUAGGCGUUGAUGAUAGAAGAGAUAUUAAUGUCACAAGUGAAUUAGUCAAGAAUGAUUCUGCAGAACAAAUAGCUGUUGCUGGAACUUCUGAAGUACAGGUCAUUGGAGAGGUGGGCUCAGGCUGGAGGAUUUUAAUGCAUGAAGAGAGUAAUCAGUAUUACUACUGGAACAUUGAAACUGGUGAAACUUCUUGGGAGCUGCCUAAUGUUUUGCAUCAGAUAAACCAAUCAACUUCUGACCAGAAGGCUCCUACUGUUGAAAAUAUAGAGCCUCCUCAAGUGGGUAUGCAUGAUUUGAAAUCAACUCUAAGUGCCCAACCAAUUGGUGGUAACUUGAUUCUUCAAAGCAAGGUGUAUGAUAAUGAGCCGAAGUUGGAUGAGCAGGGCGGAGGAUGCAAAAAUGAAGCUAUGAAAGAUAAAAGUUGGAUCUCUGAUGUCAAUAGAAGUGAAUUUCAAAUUAGUUCAGAUGCUGUUGGUACUUGUUUGGCUGGUGGGAGUUUUGAUGGCUCUGGGAACUAUACCAAUGAUGAGUUUGCUAAUGAUGAAAGUAAAACAAGGAUUGAUCUCUCUACUCAUCUUUUGAGGCAAGGGGAGUGUUUGCUAGAGAGACUAAAGUCACUAAAAGUGUCUGAAGACAACCUGCAAGGUCUGGGCUGGAUGUCUGAAUGUAUUUUGGAAGUUGAGAUUAGACUUUUGGAUAUCAAGUCAUUGUUUUCUUAUGGAUCAUCUUUAUUGCCAUUUUGGAGGCACUGUGAAAGGCAGCUAAAACGGCUUGAAGGUAUUGUUAAUGAUAAAAUUUACCAGCUUGCAAAAUCAGUAGUUAUGGAAGAGGCUGAAGAAGCUCCUGCCUCUUUUGAAGAAAAGCUCAAGACAAACGAAGGUUCAUGCAAUGAAGUUGAAGCAGAUGGACAGGGUAUCAAUGCAAUUGCUUCUACACCUGACAUUUCUCAUGUUUCUACUAAUGUUGACACAUUAACAGUAGUCAAUAGUGGUGUAAAUAAUCAAGUUAACUCCUGCAGUGCUGCAAAUAUGGUAAAUAUUCCUUCUUUUGGAUCACCUACUGAACAUUGUGAAAGUGAAGCUGAAAUAGGUGAACUGGUCAAUGGAGAUACUCUUUCUGGAGAAGCUAAUUCUAAGACUGGAGUCCAUGCUGGAGAGGAUGUUGACAUGGAUGUGGACAUGGAAGUUGAAGAUGCAAUCCCAGCAAGCAUGAUGGCCCUCAGAGAUGUGCCCCCCAAUGCCCUGGAGCAACUAAACCCUUCUGCUAAUUAUUCAGCUGUUCCGCCACCUCCAGAUGAGGAGUGGAUUCCUCCACCUCCUCCUGAUAAUGAACAAGUUCCUCCACCACCACCUGAUGAGCCUCCUGAAAAUUCAUAUCCUCCUCUCCCAUCUUAUGUGGAGACUACACCUCUUACUUAUGUAGAACAUUACAACCUAAGCUAUUCUGAUUCAAGUUAUCAGUAUUAUGGACAUGCAGUUAGUGAAGUCCCAGUUGGCGGUUUCUAUGGACAUGCUGAUGGAUGUCAAAUUGCUGUACCCCAAUCUUCACUUUACUACCAAGCAGUUCCAAACACAUAUUCUGAAAGUGCACCAGUUACUGCUAACCCUGUUGAGCCUGUAAUAUUUUAUAACCUUCAAGGCAGAAGUGCAUCUUCUGUGCCUACAGCCAGUGGUACAGAAUCUUCACAGUUGCAGAGUGAAGUGGGCACUAUCAGUUAUAAUACUCUUGCUUCAAAUCAAGUUGGAUCUGAUGAUGAUCUUGCAGUAGCAGGACCCAGUGUGAGAGCCAAUGUUCCUACUGUUAGUGAGAAGACUGAGGUAGCAUCAGUGGGGAUCUCUUCUAUUUUAGCCACUAUUGAAGCUCCUGCAACCACUUCUGUUAAAGAUGGUUCUGGUACUGCUGGUGCUGCUGCUGCAUCUGCAGCAGCUGCAGCUUCAUCAUCAGCUCUGAAGGUUCAAUCUAAAGCUGCACGAGCUAAAAAGCGGACAGUUGGUGUUGCAUCCUCCUUGAGGUCUAAUAAGAAGGUCUCCACUUUAGUGGACAAGUGGAAAGCUGCCAAAGAGGAACUGCAUGAGAAUGCAGAAGCUGAACCUGAAAACGCCUAUGAGGUGUUAGAAAAAAAGCGACAACGGGAAAUAGAGGAAUGGCAUGCCCAGCAACUUGCCAGUGGAGAGGCUAAAGAUAAUGCAAAUUUUCAGCCUUUGGGUGGUGAUUGGCGUGAGAAAGUAAAGCGGAGAAGAGCACUGAAGGCCAAAGAAUCUACAGAGACUCCCUCAGAGGUGCUUCCUGAUGGAAACCAACAACCUGAGUUAGACGAACUCUCAAGAGGUCUCCCUUCUGGUUGGCAGGCUUAUUGGGAUGAAACUUCGAAACAGGUCUAUUAUGGAAACACCAACACCUCGGAGACAACUUGGAUUCGACCAACGAAAUAAGUUUGAGACUCAAAUCAGUUUUCUUGUCAUUUUCCAGUUGGAUCAAUGUAUUGUUUCACCUUUUUUUUUUUUUUUGGCCCUCUUGGAGUUUACCCAAAUGUACAUCCUUACUAGAGGCAGCUUAGGAAUGAAUCAGGUAAUUUUCCCUGAUGGCAGAGAGCAGCAUCUGAAAACGAUAAAAAUUGAGUCCUAGGGACUUGUUACUUGGUAGUCACUGUUAGGUUGUUAAGGGUUUCUCUUUGACCCGUUUUGUCAUUUUAUUUGGUCAUUAUACUUGUUUUGCAUCUUAGCUUGUUAUUCUUAAAAUUUUUCUGCCAAAAUGACAUUUCCAACCAAAUUCAAGGACUCCAUUGG